AACACGUGUGUUUUAUGUUAAAGUGAAUCUAGUAUAGGAGUGUUGAGUAAUAUGGAAGGCGAAAAUUUUCCUCGAGGAGGGAAAAAAAUUCGUAAUAAUAGUGAACAAACUAAACGAAAACAUGAGGAAAGUUUGUUUCAGAUUGCAAAGCAACCAAAGGUGAAAAGGGCCCGGAAAGAAGUUGUACCAAAAAAAGAUGUAAAUACUGAAGGUUUAUGGCAAGCAUCAAUAAAAUUCCAAGGGACUCUUACAUACGAUAGGGUACAAGACGGAAUGGUAGUUUUGAGUUGUAUAAGACAUUUUUCGAAUUUGUCUGUACAAGUAGAAUUUCCUGGUCUUACUUACGGGUCUGUGCCUAUCAAUCAAAUAUCAGAUAUAUUUACCACGUCUCUAACAGAUGAGUUAAAAACAAAUAAUGAUUUAUCAUGUACCAACGCUGUGAAAGAUAUAAUUUCUGUGGGGCAGUUAGUACCAACAAAAAUAUUAUCUGUUAGUAAAACAGAAAAGGGACACAAUAUUCAAGCAAGCAUAAAUCCAAGGGAUGUAAAUGCGGGAAGAACGCAUACGUCUUUUAAAAAAGGAGCAUUAAUAUGGGCCAAUAUUGUGACUGAACUUGAUCAUGGAUACGAAUUAACAUUAGGCGUAAACAACUGCAGAGUCUUUCUACCUUUUAAAAAUACUGAAGACUCCCAAAGUUACGUGUCUGGCGAGCCUUUAUACUGUGUAAUACACAAAGUAAUAACUUCUGAUAAUGCAACAACAUUGACAGUCAGCGCCAAACAUGAGCAUCUUCAUAAAUCUCAAGUGAAGGAUGAUUUAAGCAUUAAUGAUUUAAUCCCAGGGAUGAAAGUGGAUUUCUUUGUUGAAGAGGUACUGCCUCAUGGAAUUAAGGGACAAUUUUUCGAAAAUUGCUAUGGCUAUGUGGAUGAAACUUACAUAUUUUCGCUUAUUAAAAAGGAAAAAAUCAAGGAAGGAAAAUCUAUACCAGCAUAUGUGUUGUUUGUGGAACCUGUUACAAAAGUAACAUAUUUGACAUUGCGAGGUCUUGAGAAAUUGCCCGGGCCAGAAUUUACCAUCGGUGAAAUUUUGCCAGCCCAAAUUCAGUACAACGUACCCAAAGGCUUAUAUUUGCAAUUGGACAAAAACGUAACAGGUUUUGUUUCGAACAAACGUCUUUUAAAUACUUUGCCCAAAGGUGCAGAUUUAGAUAUUGUUAGCGCUGUACGAAAAAAAUAUCCUAAUGGUAGUCGUCACAAUUGUCGUAUAUUAGACUACAAUUCCAUGCAACAGUUGUAUAUUUGCACAUUUGAAAAGCAAGUAAUUAAGGAAAAAAUAUUUACCAUCAAUGAUAUAAAAAUAGGUCAAGUAGUUACUGCACUAGUUACUAAAAUUAUUGGAAAUGGCUUGAUUGUUAAAGUUGGGCAUGUGCAAGGGUUUGUGCCAAAUUUACAGCUGUCAAAUGUAAAGUACACCGACAAUAUCAAAGCGAAAUUUUCAGUAGGGAUGACCGUAAACGCUAGAGUUUUAAAUAUCACGAAUGGGAAUGUGAUUCUCACUUUAAAGCAAGGAUUAGUGGAAUUAGAAAAGUGCUUAGCGACAGUAGAAGAGCUUACUCCUUUCUCUCAGUAUGUGGGUUUCGUAAUUCAAACUAAAAUAUCCGGGGCGCUUGUUGCAUUUUAUGGAGAUAUUAAGGGUUGGAUUAGCAAUAAAGUAUUGAACACAGGAAGUGCUGGACAUUACUUGGAUCCACGUGAAUAUUUUUUUAUUGGACAAGUGGUUACUGUGUGGAUUUUGGGAAUCAAGAAUGAUAAGCUACAAUUGUCGCUGAAUGCUCCAAAGAAGCAAAAUGAAAAUAAGAUAAAAAUAGGACAAACUGAAAAUGGUUUAGUUACAAAGAUUCAUUCCGAUAGUCUUGACGUGAAGCUUUCUUGUCGCAAAAUUGAAGCCACUAUCCCGUUGGCACAUUUGAGCACUAACUUAAGUUUGUGUCCUAUUUUAUUAAAAACUUAUCAAGUUGGACAGGAGAUAGAAAAUAUAUUAUGCAUUAAAAAUAGUACUAUUACACCUGUAAUGAGUAGAAGAGAAUUCAUCGAAUUAAGCAAACAUUCAAACAAAAUUCCUAAAUAUCGUGACUUGAAAAAGGGUAUGUUUUUAAGAUGUUCUUUUGAAGGAGAUGCGCAUGAGGGAAUUUAUGUCUCUACUCCCAUACGAGAUUAUUAUGAAAAGAUAUUUGUCGGCAAUGAUAACAUAAUCCACAAGGAAGGAACUUUGCUUCAAUUUGAAAAACAACAGUGUAUCAUAGGAAAAAUUUUGAAUGUGCAAUCCGGUAUAAAAAAAAUUGAAUUGUGCAUUGAUUAUGAAAAUCUGCAAAAUCCAAGUCUAAAUGAUUCACUACAUGCACUAACCGCAACUCUUGAUGAUUUGAAUUACGUUUUACAACUUCGCUGCCAACAAAAGGAAAAACUUGCAGAAUAUAAGAUCGGUCAACGAGUGGAAUGUGUGGUAAAAAAAGUAAACAACGACGGGAAUCAAAUUGUAGUCUUACCUAACGGUAUUGAGGGUUUAGUUUUCACUCAUUUGAGCGCAUCAAACAAGACGAUUGGUUCAGUUGUGGAGGGCGUUGUUUUGGAUUAUAAUUUCGACGAUAAUUACCUUUAUAUUUGUUCCAACAACACUCUCAAAGAAAAAAUCAACAAUGUGCAAGAUGGUGUGAUAAAGAAGUCUUUUGGUUCGUCCUCUGUAGCAAAAAUAUUGUUGAUUACUAACUUUUACGUAUUGGCACUUUUGAAAAAUAGUCAAUUCAAUAGGCAGUUGGUUUAUUUAACCCAUUUUAAAAAUGCCGUUUGUGGAGAACAGAUAAAAGUUGUUGUCGAUAGAAAAGCAGGAAAUAAACUCAUAGGACUGCUGAAAAAACUGGCAUUAUCUUUAAAAAAAGACGUAACUAAAGAACAAGCAAAAAAACGACAGAACUUGAAAAAAGGUGCUAAAAAGAGCGUAAAUGAAGAGGAAUGCUUAACUCAGGAAGAAUUGACUGAUGAUGCUGUUGAAGAAAUUAUGAUUGAGCAGAAUGAAGAAUCUGAAGAAAAUAUUUCUGAAUGCGAAGAUGAUGAUAGUUCUAAAAACACUCAUCAAGAAAUUAUGAUUGAGCAAAAUGAAGAAUCUGAAGAAAAUAUGUCUGAAUGCGAAGAUGAUGAUAGUUCUAAAAGCACUAAUCAAAAAAUUAUGAUUAAGCAGAAUGAAGAAUUUGAAGAAAAUAUAUCUGAAAGCGAAGAUGAUAGUUAUAACAAUUCUAACACAAAAUCAAAUGGCACUACUGCUGAUCAAUCAAGCAACGCAGAAAGACAAAAAGAAUCAGUUUUAUCGGGUGCGCAGACCUUUUAUUUGCCAGAAGAUAAUAAUUUGAAAGACGAAUCGUCUGAGGAAGAAGAAGAGGAUGUCGACCAAACUAAGAAAAAGGUAAAACUUACUCCAGCAGAAAGAGCAGAAAUAGCAAAGAAAGAAGAAGAAAGGAUUUCCAAAAUAGAAAAUGAAUUAGCUGAUUCAACGAUCCCACCACAGAGUGCAGAGCAAUUUGAUCGACUCUUAUUGGCCAAUCCUAAUUCUUCAAAAUUAUGGUUGCAAUACAUGUCAAUGCAUAUCGCGUCAACUGAACUGGAUAAGGCUAGAGCUAUAGGGAAACGAGCAUUGGAAACAAUAAAUAUGACGCUAGUUAAGGAAAAGUAUAAUGUCUGGAUCGCUUUACUUAAUUUAGAAAAUAUGUACGGGACAAAAGAAUCAUUUGAUAAAACUUUUGAAGAGGCAGUAAGAUAUAACGAUUCUUUGGAAAUAUAUUUGAAUGUUAUACAAAUGCUUGCAACAUCUGGGAAGUUACUAGAAAUGGAGGAAAAAAUUAAGAAAGUGAGGCCGAAGGAAAAACAAAAUACUAAAAUGUGGUUGGAAAUAAGCCGAAUUUAUUACUCUUUGGGAAAAUUCAAAGAGGCUCGAAAUGUCAAGGAGUCAGCAUUAAAAUCAAUUUUAGACAAAAAGAGACAAUUUGAUCUUAUUGUGAAGUUCGGAAUAAUGGAAUUUCAGUUAGGUGAGUUAGAUCAAGCUAUUGCGAAUUUCGAAACCAUUUUGGAUACUUACCCAAGUAAGGUCAAUAUUUGGAUUAUUUAUGUGGACCAGUUGGUACGAAAAAAGAAGUUUGAUGCUGCAAGGAAAACUCUUGAAAGAGCUAUUAGCCAAAAGUUUGCCUUGAAAACUAUGAAAGUGCUUUUUCAAAAAUUCGUUAGUUUUGAAGAACAGUACGGCAGUCGCGAAUCCGUAGAAGACAUAAAAAGUAAGGCAAAAGAAUAUCUUUCUUCUUUAGGCGUUAAAUAGUCCAGAAGUGUAAAAUUAUGAAAAAUGUUACAAAUUAAAUAAAUAAUAAUUCAAUUUUG